GUUGUCGCUUGUGCAAAGUUGACCAGUUGACAUGGAUUGACAUAUAAUUCACGUAUUUGAAAGCAAGUUGAACAUAAAAAAAUAAGAUCUUUGUCAUUCAAAAUGGGUGAAAGACAAAUUCGAUAUACAUGUAACGUUUAAUGUUAAAAGAAUUCAAGGAGGUUAUUGUGUUUCUCGAAGAAGUCAAACGCUCUUUAAGUAGCAAGAAAGAUCCAUAAGAAAUUUGACAGAAAAAAAUGUAAUCUUUUAGUUUAACCGAGAUAUCAGCAAAAAAAUAUAAAAUAAAAGGAACAGAUAUCGCUGAGCGUCACGUCAUGUAGGUUAUUUUUCUAUGGGUACUUUAACCCUGACCUGUAUAUAUACAUAUAUAUAUAUAUAUAAAAUCUAAAAAAAACGUAGCCAUGAACACCCUUACACGGUGUCCCGGAUUGUACUGCGGCAGAGAACUGUUAUCGGACGGCAACUGGAGCGAAUGCGGGGCUUGUCCUCGCGGCUUCCGGGCCAACGUAUCCUCGGCGUGCGUGCCCUGCGACGAUGCGCCAAUGUUCUACGACUGGCUUUAUCUAGGCUUCAUGGCUCUGCUAGCCCUGGUGUUGCAUUGGUUUUGCAUUGACAUGGUGUCCAUGCGCCGGAACAUACCCAAGGAAGUGAUCGCUCUGCACUUGUCCGCUUUAAUCGAAGUAGUACUGUCAUCUGUCAUAGUGCUACAACUGACUCAUCCUAUCGGAACGUUCAAUAUCAAAUCAUGCAGGGCGAAAAAACUAUCGGACUGGUAUACGCUGUUGCAUAAUCCCAGUCCAAAUUAUGAAGCAACGCUGCAUUGUACACAGGAAGCCGUUUAUCCCUUAUAUACUAUGGUUUUUGUCUUCUAUGCCCUAGGAAUAGCUCUAAUGUUAUUAAUAAGGCCAAUAAUAGCCAAAAAAUUUUUGCCAAAACAAGGCAAAUUUUCUAUUUAUGCUGCAUUGUAUUUCUAUCCAAUUCUCGCACUACUUCACGCUGUGGGUGGAGGUCUAAUUUAUUACUCUUUUCCAUAUAUCACUAUCAUUCUGUCUGUUCUAUCAAAUGCAGCGCAUUUUGCAUUUAAACUGAAUCAAACGAUAAAGUCGUUGCUGCUGAGUUCCAUUUCGAAUGUAAAAAAUGUAAUAGUCAUUCUGGGUCAUUGGUUGUUACACGGUUACGGAGUGAUAGCGGUUGCGACUCUUCGUGGAAUUAGCAUCCAUCCCGGAAUGUUAGUUCUAGUUGUACUACCUGCCUUAUUUUAUAUCAUAACGGCAAGAUUUACCGAUCCACACAAGUUGCACAUUGAAUAAGCUCCUUUUCAAUUGUACAUAUUAAAUCGCACAUAUCGAAAAUUAAUCUAUUUAAAUUAUUUAUUUUUGUUCAAAAAUUUUACGCGCACCUGCGCAUGCAUAUAAUAUUCUUUUUUUAAUAAAAAAAAUUCAAUUAUAAAAUCUGAUUCAGAUUAAGUAAAUGAGUACGAAAAGUCACAAAUGAAUA